AUGGCCGGAAGCAGCGUCGAUGAGGUCCUCGCCGCGGACUGGCCCGUCUCCGUCGCCGACUUUUGGACGCGGCAGUCGGAGGGUGGCCCGGCGCUCGCUACUCAGUUUGGGUGGUACUCGGGGCUGCGCUCCAACUACCUACCACUGCUGCAGAGCGAGCAUCUGGUGCAGUGCGCCGCGUGCAAGCGGCCGGUGGUCGCGGAGCGCUUCGCCGCCCACCAGGCGCUCUGCUCGACGCUACCGCUGCGCGAACUCCUCGCGCAGGAGAGCGGCCACGGCCGGCCAAAGGCGAGGCCUUCUAACGGGGUGGAAGGGCGGACACAGCUGGGCGCAUCCCCGUCGGAGGGGCUGGGGCUCGACCUGGACGCAAUCUGCGGCGUGCGGCGCGGCAACAAGGGCGGCGUUUGCGAGCGCCCCCUCGGCUGCAAGUACCACACGCUCGCGCAAAAGCGCCUCGUCGCGGUGACGACGACGAGCAAAACCCGGGCGUGGCCGGCGCCGCUCUGCGGUGGCCACCGCAGCGCCGCAAAGAGCCGCAGGCUGUGGGGUGUGCCUGUGGCGGCGAUCGCAAAGGGGCCGCCGCCGGUGGUGUCGCAGCUGAGCAGGUAG